AUGUUUCCAUGUCCAGAUGUAUCCGGUCCGUGUGUAAACGGAUCCUCUUCCUCUUCAUCUUCGUCCGCUUCCUCGUCCAACAAUAUGUGGUCCGUGUCAUCAGGUCGAAAUCCUGUCCCGGGAACCACAACUACCACCACCAGUACCGGUCUCUCGUCGGUCCACAUGCUUCCAGGUUUUCUUCCACAAAGCACUGGUACGCAGUCCACUUUUCCUCUGACCAAUAACACCGGUCCCCAAUCGACUUUACAACAACCUCAUCCGCACGCGUUACAUCCCUCGGCACAUUUGACAUCCAAUUCGUACACCGAUUCCGGCACUUCGUCCUAUCCCCUGACACAACAGCUCCGUUCAUGUGCUCCCGUGAAUGGUGCCGGUCUAUCAAACGUUCCUGUUCAUCUAAGCGCCACACAUCCCACCGACGCAACAAAUCGACCGUUGGAAUCGGCCUCCGGAUUUCCGUUGCACGAAUUCGGACAUUUGCACCAGCCACCGAUUUCCGUUUCUCCCGGACCCACACUCAAUCUUCUCGGUCCCGGUUCGAACGCAUUUGAUGCGCAUCCCGGUCCGUCCAGUCUGAGCACACUAUUGACUCCGGGAACCGGAGGAGGAGGACACUUUUCUGCGGACAUGGCCAGUUGCUCGAGGGAUGCUAUUCUUUCCUUAUCCGGUUCUGGCCUAGACGAUGUGGACGGUUCUACACAAGUCCCGGGCAUUCUCCAUGCACAUUCCUCAACUCCAUUCGCGCAUUCCGCCUCGUCCGCCGCGGGAACCGCAACAGCUGGAGCCACAGUAGUCACCACCUCUUCGAAUGCAACAAACAACUCGGGCAGUUUGACUGGUCGUACAGCCCGGAGCAGUCGUGUGGCCGGGCACAAACGGAGGGCUUCUUCUACUCUUCCAUCCGCAACUCCUGUCCCGGAUCAUCAUCAUCACCGCCACCAGCAGGACAUUAUCAGCGGAGCCAGUGCAUUAAGUUCCUUGGUUACCGGUGCCAGCGGCCUCGGAUCCGACUGCUCUUCAUCAUUGUUCGGGGAGUACGAGACAACCGGUCGCGGUUUCGGUCAUGGUCAAACACCAAGCUUGUGUGGCACUGAUUCAGAAGAGACAAUCGAUCCAGAUGAGACCCCGGAGCAAAAGGCAGAACGUGAACGCAGUAGACGACAAGCGAACAAUGCUCGCGAACGUCCCAUUGUUCUCGCAUAUCUUCACUAUCUGAAUGAGGCCUUAUAUGAUUUGGUUUAA